AUGGGCAAGACGGCGAAGUCUGGCCAAGCGAAAAGCAAGGCCAAGGCGAAGGCCAAGUCGAAGCAAACUACCAAAGAGGAUAAGAAGAGUCGAGCGCCCAAAGAGAUGAUCCCGGAGACUACUAUGGAGAAGUUCGACUUCCUUUCUUUGGCACGGUCAAUGGCGAGUCAGAUCAAGGACAUCCGGGCGCCCAUGUCAGCAGAUGGCGUCAUGUGCCUCCGUCAUGGCAAAGCCUGCAAGCUUCCGGACAAGAAGGUUCGAAGAGAACCGUUGAGGGAGGGGUGUGAGACUGCAGUCACAUACGAUGGUGCCUUCGCAUCCAUUAUGCACCUGAAGCCUCGAUACUUCAUUUUGGAGAACGUUUCCGGAGCGAGGAUGCCGGCCACGUCAGGCGCCAGUGACUCGAAGAAAUCCCCCUUGGAUUCCUACCUGGACAUGCUCGGGACACGGCUUCCGGAGUAUUCUGUCACCACGGUGAUGGUAGAUGCAUCUCCUCUUCCGGAACGCCGCGAAAGAGUUUUCAUCUUGGGAAGCCGCGCCGCGGAUCUGGAUGCAAUGGCUUGGGGAACAGCCGUAGAAUGCCUUCAGCGCUUUGCUGCUGGAAAGCCGAAGCAUCAUGUGCAGACCCUGCUGAGCCUCGGGGACCCCACGCCGCGGGAUGGUGCUGAGGAGACUGUGAAGGUCGCCGGCAAGCGCAUCUCCGACCUCUACCCCGACGUUCUGAAGACCACAGCUCGGCUUGCUGCGACACCGGGCGCCAAUGAGAUCUUGAUCGAUUCGAUGUGCAAAGCUGCUGCUGCGCAAGGAGCGCCCCCGAGCAUGCCAAAGUUGGCAGAUUUGUCGCAGUCCGUGGGGCGAGGCAGCGUUUGGAUCCAUGGAACGAUUGGAACUCUCACGACAUCAACGACCUACUUCUCCUAUGACCACUCCUAUGACCACGACCGCUUCGUGGAGCCGGAGGAUCAUUUGAGGAUUUUGGGAUGGGAUGGAGAGUCGAUCAAGUUGGCAUCCCAAUGCUUGUCAAAGGCAGAUCUCCAAGAGGCUGCAGGCAAUGGAAUGAGCUGGGCCGCUGUUCUGAAAGUGCUGCUUCCCAUGCUGAUGCGCAUGGGUUUUUUGUCCGAUCUCUUGAAAUGA